AUAUACCUAUAUGGCUAUAUAUAUUAUAUCCCCACCCCACAGAGAAAACUAAGCAAUAUUAUAGAUCAUGGCGGAGCCCCACACUCCCCGUAAUACCAUCACCACGAAGCUUCCAUGGGAGAUACUAUUUUUACAGAUACUUCCAAGGCUGCCGGUCAAAGCUCUACCCAAUGCAAUGUGUGUUUGCAAGAAAUGGUACUUGUACCUCAAAUCGGGAGCUUUUGCCAGCACGUACCAUCACCACGUGGUUAGCAACGAUGAUCAUCAAAACCACCACAAAUAUCUGGUUGUAUCUACCACCCAACGACAUAUGCAUAGCAUCGACUGUGAAACACCUAAAGAUGGUUUGAUGGUGGCCCGUAAUUUACCAUUUUUUUUACCAUUUAGGGGAAACAUGUCGAUCUUAACAUCUUUGCAUGGACUAUUAUGCAUAGGCACAAUCCAGCCCCAAAAUCCUGGAGAAUAUUAUGAUCUUAUUUUAUGGAAUCCUUUGACAGGUGACUAUAAGAUGUUGUCUGAACCUAAAAAGGGUUGUUAUCACAAAGAAUGUUACAAGAUCUCUGAAGCGGACUUCCAACAAAGGGCUUCCAAAUGGACUUCGCGUGGAAGUUACUGGGAGCAGCCAAGUCAUAUUCUAUUGAAUGAAAAACUCAAUUUCUUAAAACAAGUGGAUAGAGGAGGAACCUUUAUUUUCUCAUAUUCAGUUAUGAGGUUUGACACGAAGACGGAAAAGUUCACAGAGAUAUCAAUUCCCUCAUUCGGUAACCAAAUGACAAACUGUUUGGGUUUCAUGGUUCUAGGAGGGCGCAUCCACUUCUGUGUGGCCAUUCUCAUUGAGGAAGAAAAUUAUAUGACAAAUCGACGAUAUUAUGAAAUAAUCGAGCUGUGGAGGAUGGAUGGAGAUGGAUAUUGGACGAAGGUGUUAACUUAUGGCCCGAUGUCGUUUUUUCUUUGGGGUCGAUCGAUACUGCACUGGAUGAGGAAUGGAAAUUUGCUCAUACGACAUCUAGACAGUGUUUACCUGUUAGAUAUGAAGAAGCAUACCAAAGAAAUGAUCUUUACAUGUCAAAGCAUGGAUUCCAAAAUCCCUCCAACAGGGAAAUACGUCGAAACUACCGUGUCACCCAAUCAACGCCACGUAUAUGUAUGA